AUGAAUUACACCGACUCCGAAACUGCUUCUCAGCCCAGACCGAGCAUCGAGGAAUACGCUCUAGCCGACCUUCCUCUUCUCGCUGAUGAACUCGCGCGCGGUAAUGACGAGCAUGACCUUUUUGACGCUGGAACGGGAGACGACGUUUCCGGACCCCGACCUUUUGAAACCACCAGCAAGAUCAGCCCCCACGGUGAGCACAACCUGACGGUACGCGAAGCUAUCAGAGCAUACCCUGCCGCCAUAUUCUGGUCCUUUGCCGUCAGUAUGUGUAUCAUCAUGGAAGGUUACGAUGCGAUUUUGAUUGUCAACUUUUUCGCAUUCCCUCAAUUCCAACGCAAAUACGGCAACUUUGUCGGUGUUUCCGAACAGACCCAGACCGGUUAUCAGGUAUCCCCAGCGUGGAUGGCAGCCGUUGGAAAUGCUUCAGGCUUCGGAGCGUUCCUGGGGACUUUUCUCAACGGUUACCUCGUCGCAAUCUUCGGGCAGAAGCGAGUCCUUCUGGGUGCUCUGGCUCUUCUGUCCUGUUUCAUCUUUCUCACAUUCUUCGCUCCGAACAUCCAAACUUUACUGGUCGGACAACUACUGUGCGGCUUCCCCUGGGCGGUCUUUGCUACAACCGCACCUGCGUAUUCAAGCGAGGUUUUACCCAUGUCUCUUAGAGUAUUUGGCACUUCGUGGGUUAAUAUGUGUUUUAUUAUAGGACAACUCAUCAGUGCCGGGGUCUUAAGAGCAUGUCUUGAACGUAAUGACGAAUGGGCAUUUCGCAUCCCGUUCUCUGUUCAGUGGAUCUGGCCCGCAUUCCUGAUACCUCUCCUCUGCUUCGCCCCUGAAUCGCCCUGGCACCUCGUCCGACAGAACCGUCUGGCCGAAGCCGAAAAGUCCCUCCGACGCCUGCAACGCGCAUCAUCACGCAUCGACGUCGGCCAAACCCUCGCCAACAUCAUACACACCAACCGUCUGGAAGAGUCCCUCAGCGUGGGCACGUCGUACUGGGACUGUUUUUCCGGCUUUGAGCUCCGGCGCACCGAGAUCGCGUGCGUCUGUUUCGCAGGUCAAGUCCUGUCUGGUUUGUCGUUCGCCUACAACGCCUCGUACUUCUUCGAACAGGUGGGGCUGUCGGCUUCGACGACCUACUCACUCAACCUGGUCGGGACCGCCCUCGCGUUUGUUGGAACUCUGGUGAACUGGUUCUACUUUAUGCCCCGCAUGGGCCGGCGCACGCUGUACUUGCUUGGGAUGUUCGUCAUGGCCAUCGAGUUGUUUUUGAUCGGGGUUCUAAACGCCUGGACUCACCAUAAGCUCGUCGCCAUGACACAGGCGAGCCUCACUCUCAUCUGGACCUUCACGUUUCAAGUUUCGGUGGGACAAUUGGGUUGGUCGUUCCCCGCCGAGGUCGGGUCGACUCGUCUCCGACAAAAGACGGUCUGCCUCGCCAGGAACGCGUAUUAUGUCUUUGCCGUCCUCUCGGGCGUGCUGCAACCUUACUUUCUCAACCCCGAGGCGCUGAAUUUCAGGGGUUACACGGGUUUCAUAUGGGGCACGACGGCCAUCUUGACCUGGGUCUGGGCUUAUUAUCGUCUUCCCGAGACCAGGGGCCGGACUUACGAAGAACUGGAUGUCCUGUUCGCGAAACGGGUCGAUGCGAGGAGGUUUGCCACGACCCAACUGAAUGCUUUUCAUGUCGACAUGGCCGAGCAGUCUGACAUGAAUGGUCAGAGUGGGAUUGGUCGAGUCAGUCCGGUUGGGUCUCGACUGGACGGUGCGUACUACCCGGGUCAGAGAAACGGUACAGAUGUCGUCGAGGAGAGACCGUUGGCAAGGAGACGAUCGAGUCAUGAAAGUGAGGAAGCAGAAUUACUCGGGAACCAGUAGAGUCUGGGGAGCAAUCAGUCGGUGUGGGUGUUAUGUAGGUGUAUCAUGUAUCAUGUAUCACCAGAGAGUCCCAACAUCAAGGACAAUCUACUCACACUAGUCAAGUCGUGGCUACUUCAU